AUGAAGAUUUUCGCGGGUCGGCCUCACUUUUACUGUGGAAUUGCCUCACUCCUGACGGUGUUGCCACUCCUUGCGCGUGGUGCUGUGAUUGGGGGGGGACGGGUGAGUGGGGGAAGGAUGGGGGGUGGAUGGUGGGGAGGAUGGGGAUCAAUGGGGACGGGCAAGGAUGAGGGGGAGGAUGGGGAUAAGGGGGACGGGGAGGGGGGUUUGAGUGAGGAGGGGCGGGUGGGGGAAGGAGGAGGGGAGAAAAGGGGGUUUGAGUGGGGUCAGGGUCAGGAGGUGGUGGGUGGGAUUGGGGAGGGGGUGCUUGCAUGGGCAGGUGUAUCUGUGCAGGUGGCAUCUGCAUCGCUGGUCAAAUCAAAUCAGAUCCGAUCUUCCAAGGAUGUGAUCGGGCAGGUGGUGGAGUUUGAAGCAGAGGAGAUUAAAGCCCUGGAGGGCGGCAACGCUCGUCCACAAGCGAGUGAAAACAGGAUGGGAAAUGGGAGUGAUAACGGGGAUGUAAAUGAGGGGGUUACAGAAGGCACACAGCAAGAGGAGGAGCGGAGUUGGUGGAGGUGGGAUGCGGGGAAGGGCGAACUGGUGCAGAGGGAGGGGCCAGAGGGGCUGGCUGACGGGCAGGAGACACUUUUGUGGCUGCCCGAGAUCGUGUACGAUGAUCUGGAGCUCAUGGACCUGAGAUACUUCCAGGUGGGCGAGAUAUUUUCUAGAGCCUGUGCUGCCCGGCCCUUGCCUGCCCCUCCUUCUCUCGCUGUUAGAGGUGAUCAGAGACCAGCUUCCGACCUUCUUCCCCCCCUCCCCACAUUGGCCCGCCACCCCUUCCACCCCACUCCCUCCCCUCAGGGCUUGCACUGCGCGGCCCCUGCCUGCCCCUCCUUCUCUCACUGCCGUACUGGCCGCAGGCAGGCAGGCAGAGUACUGGCGUGCACUGGGAACGACCCUUUAUUGAGUGAUCCGUUAUCAGGCAACAACGGUGGUGCAUCCAGUCAGACAGCUUCAACGGACGCGUCAGGGACAUCAUCUGUCGGCGCGUCAGGGUCGGACUCGAUGGCCACCGUAGGCUCGGCGUCUGCGGCGGGCUUAGGCUCGGCGUCUGCGGCGGGCUUAGGCUCGGCGUCAGUAGACGCGUCUCCUCUUGUGGACCCCUCCCCUGUGCUCACCUCGCCUCCCCCCAACCACGUGAAGGACAAUGCGACCUAUGAUGUGGCUGUUGCCGAGCCGUUUGCUGCACAGGUGUUCCUUCUAGAGAACGUCUUCAUCAACGACCGGGGCAUGGUGUUUGAUGCCAUGUACCACUACCGCCAUGGGCUGCUGUGCAGGUCCUGUCCCCUCGACUUUGGCCUAUACACUGGGAAUGAAACCAAGGUGCACGUGUACAGUGAGCUGCUCUCAUUGGCCAACUGGAAUGGCGGGAACUUCUACCAUUCGCUGCUCGAGGUCAUGCCGUCCCUUCUCUACCUGCGGCCAUUCUUGGAAGCAAAGCCGGGCAUUCCCAUUCCAGUCAAGAUUGACCAGGACAAGCAUGCAAGGCUGUUUUCGCUCAUCAACAUCAACGCUUCAACUCUCAACUUUCAAACAGUUCGCAAGGAUCAUCUCUUCUUCGCUCGCCGCCUGCUGCUGCCGUCCAUUGCGCAGUGCGGCCGCCCGUCCGCCGCCCUCGUCCGGCACUUGCGCAAUCAUUACCUGCUCCCGCCGUCCGCCCCGAGAAUCAAAUCUCGGCACGAGCUGGCACAAUUUUCCAGCUACGCUACUGCUACAACUGUUCCUGUUACAGCUGCCGCUACAGAUGUUGCUGCUGCUGGCAAUGCUGGUACUGAUGCCACAGCUGCUGCUGCCUCGGAUGGUGCUGGGCUGGCUGCAGGGGGUGGUGUGCUGGCGACGCCUGAUUGGUGCGUGGUGGUGGGUCAGCGCGACACAACGAGGCGGAUUGUGGGGCGAACGCACAUACUGGAGGAACUACAGGCGUUCUUUCCCAAGGAGAGGAUCACGGUGUUCCGAGGAGACCUCCCUCUGCCUGAGGCAAAGCAGCUAUUCAACCGCGCCCGAUUGUUCAUCACCCCUCACGGCGCCCUCAUGGCAAAUAUGGUCUUCAUGCCGCCCGGUGGCUUUGUCCUGGAAGCACGGCCGGAAGAUUUUGAUAACAAUCUGUAUGAUUAUUUGGCUUAUGUGUGCGAUUUGCAUUAUUAUCUUGUGAAAGGCGUUGGCGGGAAGGAUACGGAUAUUAGAGUGGAUAUGGAGGAGAUGGUUGGGGUGGUGGAUGAGAUUUCUAAAAAGCUGAUCGCACAAAACUUGUAG